AUGCAGCUCUCCCCCUUUUCCCUUCUUUUCCUUCUUUUGCUUUUCUGUUACUUCUCGUCGCGCCUUCCCUUCUCAUGGCAGGAGACGUCGUCCUCCGCGUCUUUUUCUCCUCCUCCUCUUCUCUUCUCUUCUUCUUCUCUUCUUCUCUCCCCCGACCAAGACGAAGACGACGAAGACGACUACGACUACGACCACGACUACGACCACGACUACCACCACGACUACGACCACGACGACAACAACAACGACAACGACGAGGAAGAAGAAGAAGACCACGACAACGAAGACGACGAAGACGAAGAAGAAGAAGUAGAAGAAGAAGAAGAGAAGAAGAAGAAGAAAUGGCCUCCACCAACGAACUGCCGCUGCCGCCGCCGCUGCCGCCAACUCGGCGAUGUCGAUGGCGCAAGCCAUUGUCACAGUAUGUGGCCAGUUCAAUGCGUGGUUAUUUUAUCUACUCAUUCUAACCAUUUCACUGGCAUACUCGAGGCUCGUCGAGAUCCCUAUCAGGUAAUUAUUUACUAUUAA